CCGAACAUUUGAACCUCCCUCCUCUUCCUUGCUUUUCAUUAGGGUUUAAGAGAAAUCCUCAACGGUUGCCUUCAGGGGUUUUGCAGUCUUCCUAUCUCUCUCUCUCUCUCUCACACUAACACGCCGUCAGACACCCGCACUAUGAAUUACAGGUUCCAGAAUCUCCUCGGAGCUCCAUACAGAGGUGGCAACGUCGUCGUUGUCAACAACACACUCCUUGUUUCACCGGUCGGUAACCGAGUCUCCGUCACCGACCUCAGUAAAUCAGAAACCCUAACUCUACCAUGCCAAUCCUCCACCAAUCUCCGCCGCAUCGCUGCCUCACCUGAUGGCAUCUUCCUCCUUGCCAUUGACGAGAAGAAUCGCUGCCUCUUCAUCAACCUACGCCGCCGCGUUGUUCUCCAUCGUAUCACUUUUAAACACCCUGUCUCCACCGCUAAAUUCAGCCCUGACGGCCAGCUCAUUGCUGUAGCUGCCGGUAAGCUUCUGCAAAUUUGGCGCUCCCCUGGGUUUAGGAAAGAAUUUUUCCCUUUUGAAUUGGUUAAAACAUUUGCUGAUUGCAAUGACAAGAUUACUGCUCUGGAUUGGAGCCCUGACUCGAAUUUUAUACUUGCUGGCUCCAAAGACUUGACAGUUAGGUUGUUUUGCUUGAAAAAGCUAAAGAGUUACAGUAAACCAUUUUUGUUCUUGGGCCAUAGAGAUGCAAUUGUUGGCUGCUUUUUCGGAAUUGACAAGAAAACUAACAAAGUUUUGAGGGUUUAUACAAUAUCGCGCGAUGGGGCGAUAUUUAGCUGGGGAUAUAGGGGUGGUGAUGGUAAAUUUGAUGGAGGAGGACUUCAAGAAAUUUCAGAGCCAGAGUCUCCAGGUACACCGGAGCAGAAUUUUGAUGGUAAUCUCACAGUGAAAAAAAGGAAGGAUUUUGAUGGUAAAAAUGGAACUUUGGAUGACGAGAGUGACUUCUUGUUGCAUAGGCUGAAAUGGGAACUGAUGAAGAAGGACUAUUUUAUGCAAGCGCCAGCAAAGUUAACUGCUUGUGAUUAUCAUACGGGACUUAAUAUGUUGGUUGUGGGUUUCUCAAAUGGAGUUUUUGGCCUUUAUCAGAUGCCUGAUUUUGUCUGCAUUCAGUUAUUGUCCAUAUCAAGAGAGAAAAUCACGACCGCUGUUUUUAAUGAUCUGGGGAACUGGUUGACAUUUGGGUGUGCAAAGCUUGGUCAGUUGCUUGUUUGGGAGUGGAAAUCAGAGAGUUACAUACUGAAGCAGCAAGGGCAUUACUUUGAUGUGAAUUGCCUAGCAUAUUCUCCAGAUUCCCAGCUUUUGGCUACGGGGGCCGACGAUAAUAAAGUCAAGGUAUGGACUGUUUCAUCUGGCUGCUGUUUCGUUACAUUCUCUGAGCACACCAAUGCAGUUACUGCACUUCAUUUCAUGGCUAGUAACCACUGUCUUUUGAGUGCGUCGUUGGAUGGGACUGUUCGUGCGUGGGAUUUGUUUCGGUAUAGAAACUUUAGAACAUUCAUUACUCCUACUUCUAAACAGUUUGUUUCUUUAGCAGCAGAUCAGAGCGGUGAAGUGAUUUGUGCUGGAACUCUUGAUUCUUUUGAGAUAUAUGUUUGGUCAAUGAAGACAGGAAGGUUGUUGGACGUUCUCAGCGGUCAUGAAGGUCCUGUUCACGGGUUGAUGUUUUCUCCUACAAAUGCUAUCUUAGCUUCCUCUUCAUGGGACAAAACUGUUCGCUUGUGGGAUGUUUUUGAAGGGAAAGGUGCAGUUGAAACUUUUUCACACACACAUGAUGUCCUCACUCUUGUUUAUCGCCCAGAUGGAAAGCAAUUGGCUUGUAGUACUUUAGAUGGGCUAAUCCAUUUUUGGGACCCACUUGAGGGCUUGCUAAUGUAUACCAUCGAGGGCCGUAGAGAUAUUGCAGGAGGACGUCUAAUGACUGAUCGCAGAUCGGCUGCUAAUUCAAUGACUGGAAAAUGCUUUACCACCUUGUGUUAUUCUGCUGAUGGGAGCUACAUAUUAGCUGGUGGGAGUAGUAAAUACAUAUGUAUGUAUGAUGUCGCUGAUCAGGUGUUACUUCGCAGAUUCCAAAUAACCCAUAAUCUCUCCCUUGAUGGAGUUCUUGAUUUCUUAAACUCGAAGAAUAUGACAGAAGCCGGCCCACUGGAAUUGAUCGAUGAUGAUAAUAGUGAUACAGAAGAAGGUGUGGAUAAGCAAACACAAAGUAAGUUGGCAUAUGAUUUGCCAGGAUCAAUGCCUAAUCAUGGAAGGCCCAUUAUUCGAACAAAAUGCCUGAGAAUUGCACCAACUGGCCGGAAUUGGGCAGCUGCAACAACAGAAGGAGUUUUGGUCUAUUCUAUGGAUGAUUCUUUUAUAUUUGAUCCCACCGAUCUUGACAUUGACGUCACACCUGAAGCGGUCGAUGCUGCAUUGAAUGAUGGUCAGCCAAAAAGGGCUUUAAUCCUCAGCUUACGGUUGAAUGAAGAUGCACUAAUUAAGAAAUGUAUUAUUGCUGUCAGUCCAGCUGAGGUACCAGCUGUUGCUUCAUCGGUCCCUUUCAAACAUCUACAGAGAUUAUUAGAGGCACUAGCACAUCUUCUUGAAAACUGUCCACAUUUGGAGUUUGUUCUUCGAUGGUGUCAGGAGCUGUGCAGAGUCCAUGGUCCCUCUAUCCAGCAUAAUUCCAGAAAUUUGCUCCCUGCUCUAAAAUCCUUGCAGAAGGCUAUCACUCGAUCACAUCAGGAUUUAGCCGAUACAUGCUCAUCAAACGAGUAUAUGCUUCAGUAUUUGUGUUCCACAAGCCACAAGAGAUGAUGAUCAUUUUAUUGGCAUUGUGGCACGUUUCUCAGGAAGAUACGUGGUUAUGCAUUGUCGUUGAUUAGGCAAGGAAUGUAUUCGUUUUUGGUAAUUAAUAUAGCUGCUCCACCACAAAAUGUGGUGAAUUAUUUACCAACCUGGACUCAAUGAAGAACUUGUGAAAUAGUACGAAGUUGCCAUUGUAGAACCCGUGUUGAUCAGCAGUAGGAAAUCAUCGGGGAGAUAAUGACGCUGAUUUUUUUUCUUCUAAAAUUAAAAUGUACUGCCAUUUUUUCAAGUAAAUGAUAUUACUUAAAGCUUA